UACAUGCUCGAACAUGGAUGGAAUCCAAGCAGUUACGGUCACAAUGAUGCCCAUCCUCUGACCAUUGCCGCUCAAUCCUUCCCACCCUCUACUUUAAAAUUCCUUCUCGACCACGGCGUCUCUCCACGAGGCACCCAAGCAAUGCACGCUGCAGUCACUUGGGCCGCUAUCGACGGAGAAAUUACAGGAGGAGUCGUUACAGAUCCAACACGAUACGAGGUUCUCGAUUUACUUCUGCAGUAUGGCGCGGAUGUGAACGAGAUGGAGGUGGAUCCAAAGGCUCGACGGCCACCUCGCCGAAGAGAUGGCUUCACAGGAACGCCGCUUCAUCGCGCCAUUGGUCAAGAAAGUUUGGAAAUGGUGAAGUAUUUGUUGGAGAAUGGUGCAUCUCCA